AUGAGGUUCUACCCUCAGUACCACCGGCCCCUCCGGCUCCUGCUGGGGAACCCAGUCUACCUGGAGGUGCGACUGCUGAACUCUCCAGACCCCAACCUGGUGCUCCUGGUGCACUACUGUGUUGCCUACCCCCGCUCUGGCCAGGCUGUCUGGGUGCUGCUCUAUGAUGGCUGUCCCAAUCCUCUGGACUACGGCCACACGUCCACCCUGCACGUCCACUCCAAGCUGCCUCUGCCCAAGCACCACCGCCACUUCCACAUCCAGACCUUCCAGUUCCUGGACAGCACCUCUUACUCCUACAUCAAUGAGGAGAUCUACUUCAUGUGCUCCACAGAGGUGUGUCUACCAUCCGAGCGGCAGUGUGUGGAGGGCUGCUUUGAUGGCCACAGUGAGUGUGUCCAUAUUUAA